UGUUUAGACUGUUUCAUCUUGUUAGCAUACAGAAAUAGUUGUCUAUCAGAUACUUCUUAACCAAAAUCUGCUAUUCACGCUUCGAGUUGAUCAACAUGCCGAGGGACGUCGGAGCAUUCUUAGCUGAACAACAGCGUAAAAGCACUGGCGAUGUCGCCACAGAAUGGGGAACGCUUGAAGAACUAUAUAACAAAAAACUGUGGCAUCAGUUGACUCUGGAACUCUUGGAAUUUGUAAAGAAUCCAGUCUUCACCAAAGGAGAUGGACUGUUGCGGCUGUACGAAAACUUCCUUGCAGAUUUUGAACAUAGGAUCAACCCCUUGGCUCUCAUGGAGAUCUCUAUCUUCAUCGUGCGCCAGAUAACAGAUCCAAAAGCAGCUAUAGAAUUUCUGGAGAAAAUCAAAGACAAGGUGAAGAGCAGUGACGAGGCCAAGGUUCUGUGUAUCACCACCAUGGGUAUGGCCAAACUGAAGAACAAAGACUUCGACGGCACCAAGGUGCUUGUGGAGGAAUGCAAGGGCAUCUUGGAUGCUCUAUAUGGUGUGACGUCGGUCCACAGUCGCUUCUAUGAACUGUCCAGUAAUUACCACAAGCUGAUGGGGAACCAUGCCGAAUACUACAAGGAGGCUUUGCGAUACCUCGGCUGCACCGACCUGGCAGAUAUAGCAGCUGGGGAGCAGGUAGAGAGAGCCUUCAAUCUUGGGCUGGCGGCUGUCUUGGGGGAUGGAGUGUACAACUUUGGAGAACUGUUAGCUCACCCUAUCCUGGAGACACUGAAAGGUACAGAGCGAGGAUGGCUGGUAGAUCUUCUAUAUGCCUUUAACAGUGGCAACAUUGCCAAAUUUGAUGACCUCAAGAAACAGUGGCAGACACAGGCUGACCUGGCAGCACAUGAAGUCGGCAUGAGGCAGAAAAUAUCCCUGCUUUGUCUGAUGGAGAUCACAUUCAGGAGGCCGGCAACAAACAGACAGAUGACAUUCGCAGAGAUUGCACAAGAGGCCAAGGUUCCUCUCAAUGAGGUUGAGAUGCUGGUGAUGAAGGCACUGAGUCUCGGCCUUGUGAAAGGAUCAAUAGACGAAGUCGACUGCAAAGUUCAUAUGACCUGGGUACAACCACGCGUUCUCGACAUCUCACAGAUCUGCGGCAUGAAGACACGUCUGGACCAGUGGUGUGAGGAUGUGAAGCAGAUGGAGCGACUGGUGGAGGAUCGGGCUCACGACAUCCUCACAUAGCUCCUCCACACAGCAACGUACAGCAUCGUCACUCCAACAUCAUGUGUAGCAUGGCUCCCUCCUCAGGGAGGGGCCCUCUCGGGGUGCUGAAGGCGGACUACAUCAGUACAGUCGGGGCACUAACUGCCAACACUGAGUCAUGCAGACGCCUUGGGGCCUGUCACUUAUGGGAAAUAUCAGUAUUGAUAUAUCGACUGAAAUACAUGAUAUAAAGAGUAUUGCAUACAGCAUUUCAUAGGACGCCUUACCUUUUAUUUUUAAGCUUUUGAGACAGAAGUUGUUGACAAAGCACAAAAUACUACAAUAAAAGUUGGCCAACAUUAGCAGAUAUUUUCAAUAACUUUAGUUGUAUUUGUAUUCCGAUGUUGGAUAUGGAUACAGACUGUUUCAUGGAUAUUGUGUGUCAACACUUCUGUUUUCAAUGAUUAGCCCUCAUACUUUCAUAAUUCCCCUACAUGGGUCUUUAGAGUUCAUGAUGAUGUGAAUACCGCCAGCUUCAGAUUGUAUCCGGCAGAACGUAUGUUUGAGUGACAGCUGCUAGGUUGGGAUGCCAUGCCCAGAACAGUCAGGCCUGUAGAACAUGAACAACCUCCACUGCUACACAUGAUGUUGUCAUUCCAGUUAUAUUCUGUUGAUACCAAGUUCAUGUAUUUGUCUGCAUCAUCAUAUUGAAAUGAAAGGUCAAUAAACCUUCUCUAUUUA